CCCGCACCCCGUGACGGUCCCGCCCAACCCAGCCCGGCGGAGAGCGUGCGUGGAGGAGCCAUGGGCUCGGCGGCGGAGCUGCUGCCACCACCGCCACCUCCACCGCCACCACCGCUCCGGGAAUGCGAGCGAGGAGCGGGGACGGCGCCCGCCCGGUACCGGCAGCGCCCGGAGGAGCAGGUCCAGCCAGAUCAAAGAAACCACACUGCAGAACCUGUCAUAGAUGACUAUAAAAAGAUGGGGACUCUCUUCGGUGAACUAAACAAAAGCCUUAUCAGGAUGGGCUUCACAAGGAUGUACUUUGGAGAACGUAUAGUAGAACCUGAUGGACUCUUCAGUACUGUUUCACACCUGCCAAAUGCACAGACAUUUGAACUACUGUGUACAAAGAAUAAACUCCACAUGCAGGAGACUCCUGGAGAGCCCUGUUUGCACUGAAAAAUCAUCACAUCAGAACUGUCCAUAUUUCUUAAAAACUCUUCUAUUAAAUGAAUCCUAUGGAAGGCACUUUGUUAGUCUUUCUAAUAAAAAGUAUUGUCAUCAAUGA